CGUUCAAUAUCGCCCUGAUUGACUUCUCAAUUCCGUAAGCUGCGGUUUCCCAUCAUGCAUCACGCACUUCUUCUCCCCGAGAUAGUUGCGACAAUCGUUCAAAGUGAAAGCUCAUCACCUGGAUUUCUACACACGUGUCUCUUCAUCUCAAAAACAUUCUCAUUUGAAGCUUGUCGGAUAUUGUGGUACGCUUGCGGAGCUUGCGAACAUGAAGAAAAUGAAGAACAUGCGACACCAAAAAUAAUAAACCUUGCCCGAAUCGUCAUUCAGAAUGUUACACGGGCGCAAUACUACGCCGAUUUCAUACACGUCCUGACCUUCGACAAGAGAUUUGAAGCUGAAUGUCGUGACGAAGCUUCAUGGCAUAAGGAACUUGUUUCCCUGCAAUUUCCUCAGUUGCAACACUUUACCCUUCACGAAUCAGUUGAAGCGACAGAACGGAACACAGGGGAUAUGAUUAUUCAUUACGCGCAGCCGAACAUAGAAGCUUUCGUAGUGUACCAAGGAAGCGGUAUUUCGGAUUCUCUUCUUGAAAAAUUCACAAAAUCUUGUCCAAGGCUGGAAAUUCUCGAGCUCAGCAGAAUUAGUGCAGGUAAUAUAUCUAGAGAUGGACUUACUCGAUUCUGUAACGAAGCUCAUGCUCUCACUUACCUCGCAAUCCGGGCCGGGGCUUACACUAGUUGGUCAUACGAGGCAUUCGAAGCCAUAGCCAGGCUUCCGGAACUGACCUACCUAAAAAUUCCUGAUGUUCAGGAUAAUUGGUUUUAUUCUAUUUGCAACACGGACUCUUCUACCCCUAUAUUUCCGAGCCUGCAAGAACUGCAUACGGGCAUGUCUGAUCAAGAAUUAGAAGACUUGCCUGGACUAGUACCCAAUCUGUAUGAGCUAGUCCUCGAUUUACGAAAUUUUCCUCGCUCAAACAAUAUCCUUGAAUUAGCAUCAAAUUUCCCAAAUCUCACUCUUCUAGAGAUCACUUUUGGUGUGGAGAGUAGGGUGAGUGGCUAUGAUCUUUUACUCCUCGCCCGGAAAUGUCCUUUAUUAGAGAGUCUUGAAUUUGGAUCAUAUGUUAGAAGAGCGCCUUAUCCUUCAGGUUGUAGAUGCUGUCCUUCGAUUGACGAUCUCAGCGAUGAUCUCAUUGAUGAAGUAGCCCGGGCGCUAGGUGCUAGAAUCCUUUUGUUGAGGAUCACGCUUGAUACCUCAGAUUUGCUCACAUGGCAGUCCAUCCUCUCCCUCGCUCAACAUUGUAGAAACCUACAAGAUUUGGCAAUACCAUGCGAUUUUGAUUGGCAGGAGACUAUGAAUGGUAAACCAAAAUACAUUCUUCCUGCUCUAAACUCACUGUAUUUAAUUUUCGAUCGCAAUAUAAGGCAGAUCCGGCAUGCAAAUGACUAUGAAGAAGAGACGAUCGAGUAUUCCGCCUCCCGGAUGUUUGAUUUCGCACCCGAAUUGUCGAGGUUUGGGGUCAAAGGUGGAAACGACGCCGACAAUCGUUGGGCAGCGAAAAUUAGAAGAUACUAUGAUUCUGUAAGCCAAUAGCCAUAGUAGAAGAAUAAUUUCAUAGGAACCGAGUGGCUAAAAUAUUUCGGG